AUGUCAACGGAGACCUUUACGCAGAAAGCCAUGAUGAGUGCCGGCCUCUCGGGGCCGCACAACUACCACUAUCAACCCCAACACCAACAUCACCUCUACAACCCGGCACCAAGGCUUUCCGCUCUCGCCUCUCCGCACUUUUCCGCCCGGGUCCAGACUAAGCAAGCCAAGAGGCGGUCGCUGACGACGGCGCGGCAACAACCACGACAACCACAACCGCAAGCCUUACAUCCCCUGACGACAUUGCUAGCCGUGGUAUUCGAUUUCUUUCUGCGGGGCAUUCUGGAUCUCACGAGACCGCCGAGGGACCUGGUCAGGUUUACUGUGAUGGGCAUCUUCGACACCCUGUGCUGGGCGUACCACGCGCUGCCCAUGCCGCUCGCGCUCGGUCUUCUUUACUAUGGGUUCCAGAGCGUACCGGACGCGCUGCAUGGUGUCGAGCAACUGCGGGCGAUUUACAGCACGAGGCUGAGCGGCGACGCAUUUCCCGGGAGCGCAUCCGGCAUUGAGGGUCUCUAUGGGCUCGGCGAGAUGGCCCUGGUGCGAUGGGGAGAUUUGGGAGUCUGGUCGGCGUUUUACUGUCUCGCUCUGAUGACGGCGGCGUAUGCGGUCAUGGUCCUCUUGGAGAUGCGCGACUACAUCCGUGACACCUGGGCCCUCAUUGUGGACGAGGCACUCGAGGUCCAGGCGCUGCGGGCGGACGAGUGCUAG